UAAUUUGUACUAAACAUCUUUAAAACAGUUGAUCGAAUUUCAACUUUUAGCAUUGGGAAUACCCGUAAUAAUGUUUAGCUUUUCUAAAGCUAAGUCAUCCAUAAGAAACUAUCGAUGAUUUCGGCCACGGCGAACUAUCGAUACUAUCGGGAGGGCCACCACUAUCCAUCCAGGCGUGCAAAAAAAUAACAUUUAAUUUAAACCCAAAAAGAGAGGAUUUUGAGGAUCUGUAGCGUAUUUCAGCAGCAUGCAAGGACACUAGGCCGAGCCACGCCCGGCGAGAUUGCUAUGACGGAGAACACAGAGAAAGCGGCGGGCGUGGAGCCGCCGCAACUGGCGGAGCCUCAGUCAAAUCCUCCAGAACAGGAGUCACUUACUCGGGCCGAGGUUCCGCCAAUCAAGGUGAAGAGCGAGCGACCGGACGCCGAGGUGGAGGCCAAGCUCCGGGCCCUGAAUGCCAAGAUCAAGGCGGAUACACUGGCUCAGCAGCGGAGAAGCAACAGCAAGGAGCAGGGAGACGAAACGGACGGCAGCGAUAGCUCUUCCUCGGAGGAAAACAAGAAGGACAUUGCGCCGGUAAAGUCCUCCAACGAGAUUCUCGCCGAGCUCUUCGGCGUGUUCAACGCUGCGCCUCCGGAGGAACUGCUGGACGACAAGAACCUGCUCAAGAAAAAAAAGAAGGUCAAGAAGGAGAAGAAGGAAAAAAAGGCCAAAAAGAAAAAGGCCUCCAAGUCGGAUGGCGAGUGCAGCGACUCCGAGGCGGAGGGCAAGCACAAGCAUAAGCGCAAGAAGCACAAGCACAAACACAAAGAUGGCAAAAUCAAAGAUAGGGACAAAAGCAAGGAGAAGGAUAAGGCGCCACCAGCACUCCCCGAGAAGGAAACAAAAAAGUCUGAAAGCAGAAAGCGCAGCGCUGCAGAGUCGGUUACCCAGGCGGAGGCCCAUCCCGUCAAGCGGGAGCGGCAUGAUCGGCAUGAUGACAGGGAUCGUGAACGAGACCGUGAAAGGGAGCGUGAAAAGGAGCGCGAAAAGGAACGUGAAAGGGAGCGCGAAAGGGAGCGCGAGAAGGAGCGCGAAAGGGAGCGGGAAAAGGAGCGUGUUCGCUCCCACAACAGCUUCUACAACGGCCACCGGGAAGCGGAACGCUCGAAAGAAUCUGAAGCUAGCAGGACCAAGUCACGACAGGCAGACUUGUCCGAUGUCUCGCUGUCCGACGAGGAGUCCUAUCUGCGCGAAAGGGAAUCGAAUGGUCGCCGACGGCCGCACAACAGCUUUUACGAUGGCAAGGAGGAACAUCCGAAAGUGUCACCUAAGAGGUCACCUAAGCGAAGCGCGCGUGAAUCAACCUCCAGAAGGAAUCGCAGGUCCAGAUCUCGCUCUCGCGAUCUCGGAAUCGAUAAGAACCGCCUGCUCGAGAUUGCCCGAAAGAACGCCAUCAGCAUGUUUAAGCGAGGCACCCUACCCGGCGUGGCUAACAUGACGCCAGAGAUUAAAGACAAGGUGCUGGUCAAGAUGCGCUACGGCGGGCGAACUGUUCAGGAUCUGACUGACUUCUGCAAGAAGAUCUCGAACGGGGACGGACUGUCCGAUCUGAGUUCCGAGGAGGAUUCUGACAUGGAUAAGAAUGGCAACGCGAAAGCUUUCCAUCAUCCCUUUCAGCUGAAAGAGCGGGAACCAAUUGUCAUGCACAUACGAAACUCGACGGCACUAGUUCCCGCUCCCACCCGUGUCGACGACCAAGCAAAAGCCAUAACAAUGCAGUUUCCAGUGUCCUCGGGCCAGACGCAUCGCAAUAAUGAGGUGUGGGUGCCGGUGGAACGCAAGGAUGCGCUGGUGCCGCUGCCCUCCCUGCCGCCGGCAAAACAGGCUACGAAUAUGUUCAAGGAAACGCCAAAGAACGUGUUCGCCAAGUCAAUGCCUCCGCAGGAGCAGCAGCAACCCGCCUUUAAGUCGGUUGGUGGAGCAGUUCUAGUCCCACCAGCAGCUGCAGUUCCGUCUCUCAAUGUUCCUCAACCCGUCCCGCCGCCCAUAUCAAAAGAGCCUGUUCCCCCAACGCCUGCUACUCCAUUUGUACCCGAAGUACCCAUCCCUUCGACGACACCAACAACGCCGGCGCCAAGUGCUUCCAUCUUUCCGGAGGUGACACCGCCCUCCAUGGACGUCUCCAGCAUAAUCACCCAGCGUCUUAGUGCCAUUCGCCGCCUGCAGGACAAUCCGGCCGACUCUGAGGCUCUGAAAAUGAUGUACAAUGCGCAACGCAACAUGUCGUCGUGGGCGAACUCAAAGCACCUGCCCGGUCAAUUCACGGGGAGCACGGGUGCUCAAGUGAUGAAGGCCCACGAGCUGAGCAGCGGUCCGCAGCUGUGGGUGCGCAAGGACCAAUUGACCUCUACCAAGCCGGUGACCGGUGGCAUGGGAAUGGCGCUGCUGCAGAAGAUGGGCUGGAAGCCGGGCGAAGGACUGGGAAGAUGUAAAACAGGAUCUCUGCAACCCCUUCUACUGGACGUGAAGCUGGACAAGCGUGGACUGGUGUCGCGCGAGGACCUAAAGCCGCCACCGUCGCGUCAGUCGGCCGCCCAGCGAAGAAACAAGAAUGCAUCCGGCCCUGUCGGCGGUGGUGGCCCUCCCGGAACGGGUGCGGUUGGAGGUGGGCCGCCUGUAACUGGAGCGGCAGCGCCACUGGUCACCCAGGACAAACAUCCCGUGUGUGUGCUCAACGAACUGACCUCAAAGAACAAGUGGACGCCACCGCAGUACAAGCUGCGCCAGGAUAUCGGCCCCGCGCACAACCGCUCCUUCCUCUUCUCGGUCGAGAUCAACGGGAUGACGUACACGCCGGAAAGAGGGUGCAACAACAAGAAGGAGGCAAAGCUGAACGCCGCCGCGUUAUGUUUGAGAGCUUUAGGGAUCCUUCCGCCUAGUUAGUGACUGAGCUAGGACUAGGCUAAUUUCUAGAUAGUAAAUUAAGUAGAACCACGAAACUGUACAUAUAGGUAGCCAUAAGUGUAAGAUGUAGUAUAAAGUGUUGAACGUUUGCAGAAUGCCUAACUUAUUUAUAACUGUCUGUAAGAAAGAUGGGAUCUUUCAGCCGAUUUUUCGAUCCCUGCCAAGAACAGCAGAAAAUAAAUUUGUAAAUUAACAAAGAGUACUACA